CAAGGCCCUGGGCGCUCUGUGUUGCCAACACAGUACCACACUAGUGCCAUAGAUAGCUUCUAUGAUGGAACUAGCAUUCGAAGCCAUCAACUCCCACUCUACUCUGCUCGCUGCCGCAGUAGUGUCUGCAGUUGUCUUUGUCCUGUACAGGUUCUUGGUGUCUCCCUACCGCCUACUCAGCAGUCACGGAAUCAAGGGCCCGCGACCUCUCCCAGUCGUGGGGAAUUACUUGAGCAUAAAGAGAAUUGGACACAAUGAGUUUCUGGAGGAGCAGAUAGAGAAGUUUGGACCUGUAUUUGGUUACUACGUGGGUGCAGCAGCAAGAGUCACUAUCACAGAUGUCGAACUGCUCAAGGAGAUAAUGGUGAAAGAGUUCGACAACUUCAGGGACAGGGGGAUGUUGGGUCCACCCAAUCUCACCCCGAAAGCGUUGGGACUUUCUCCUGGUCUGGUGGUAGCUACUGGAGAGACUUGGAAGACUGGGAGACAUGCUCUAACUCCAUCGUUCUCGGGAAUGAAGAUGAAACUGAUGGUGCCACUACUGAAGAAGAGCUCAGAUAUUCUACUGGAGAAAAUAGGAGAGUUUGCAGAAUCUGGGGAAAGUGCAGAGAUGUUCAGAGUGUAUGGAGCAUUCACAAUGGAGACUCUGAUAGCCACUGCCUUUGGUCGCUACGUGAAUGUUCUGAGAGGAGAAGCAGACCAGAUAACACAAGGGGGCCAACGCCAUUUUCCGUGCAAACGAAGAGGGGUCACCCAAUGCUCCCGACAUGCUGAUAGCAACUCUGUCCAACUUCCCGUGGCUAGAGCCACUGUUACUGCACAUUCUUCGGAGCUCAGAUGUGGCAGCUUAUGUCAAAACGAUGCACAAUACGGCCAUGGGGCUCAUACAGGCUAGGCUGGAUAGCACAGAGGUUCCUAAGGUUAAGGACUUGCUCCAGUUAAUGAUAGAAACAACAGAUGAUGAAAGUAGUGAUGGUACUAGGUUGACUAGUGAGAUAAUGGCUGGUUUUUCUGUCGACUUCCUGCUGGCUGGUUACGAGACUACAGCCAACACUCUCAGCUACACCACAUACCUCCUGGCAAUGAACCCUGAUGUACAGGAGAAACUACAGGCAGAGAUUGACCAAUACUUUGAGGAAGAGCCCG